GCGACUUGGGUUUAGUUUCCAGCCUGGGGCUCAGGGCCGCUCGGUUCUGGCGGGCGGGAGGAGGCGCUGGGAGCCGGAGUCCGCCCCGGGCAUCGGCCCCACGGUUGGGUCAAGCAGCCGAGGGCGGGGGGGUCUCGCUGGUGUCCGGUUCUGAACCAUGGAUAAUCUCAGUAAAGCAAACACCACCUUUGCACUCAACCUAUUCAAAAAGCUGAGUGAAAAUGCCAAUACACAGAACUUAUUCUUUUCUCCUUUGAGUAUCUCCUCUGCUUUGUCCAUGGUUUUUUUGGGUGCAAAAGGUAACACUGCAGCCCAGAUGGCAAAGGUGCUUUCUCUGGACGAAGUUGAAGAGAUUCAUAAUGGAUACCAGUCACUUAUUUCUGAAAUUAACAAACCAGGCACUAAUUAUGUGCUUAGGAUUGCCAACCGGCUCUAUGGGGAAAAGACGUUUAAAUUUCUUGCAACAUUUAUAGACUCCUGCCAGAAAUUCUAUCAUGCAGAGCUAAAACAACUUGACUUCUCUAGAGCUGCAGAAGAUUCCAGAAAAUACAUAAAUUCCUGGGUAGAAGAAAAAACUGAAGGUAAAAUCCAGAAUCUGUUGGCUCAGGGUGUUGUUGAUUCAAUGACCAGACUAGUCUUGGUGAACGCCAUCUACUUCAAAGGCAACUGGGCAACCCAAUUCAACAAGGAUUGCACAGUGGAAAGGCAAUUUAAAAUUAACAAGAAUGAGAGCAAACCAGUGCAGAUGAUGUUCAAGGAAGCUAAAUUUAACAUUAGCUACGUAGCAGAUUUUCAGACCCAAAUCCUUGACCUCCCUUAUGUUGAUAACGAGACAAGUAUGAUCAUCCUGCUUCCUGAUGAAAUCCAAGAUAAUUCCACUGGCCUGGAGCAGCUGGAAAGAGAACUUACCUAUGAGAAACUUACAGAGUGGAUAAAUCCAGAAAUGAUGGACUAUACUAAAGUGGAGGUGUUUUUACCCAAAUUUAAGUUGGAGCAAGUUUAUGAUCUGAAGCCUGUUUUGAAGAGCAUGGGAAUGGCUGAUGCAUUUGACAGCGACAAGGUGGAUUUAUCUGGAAUGUCA